UGAGACGAGGCUUUUCGCAGUCAUCCUCCUCCAUUGCGUUGGAACUCCCAAGGCGGCGGAAGAGCAUAUAUAUACAUAGGAGACUCACAAAGGGCUGGAACAACCGUAGUUUUCAAACCAGGUAGAAGCAGCUCAAGUAAUAGCGAUAGAUUAGUUGCUCGCUUUCACUAUACGUUCCGGAUUGACAACGACGAUCUACGACCAAUCCUGAACAACGACGGAACGACAAUGGUAGGCAAGAAAGCUUCUCAAAGUGUGGUUUCAAAAGCGUCAAGUCAGCCAGUGAAGCUGUUCCCGCCCUACGCUCCGCCGAAAGACGCCGAGCACAACGACGAACUGCAGUUCACUCUGCACACCUAUCUGAAAACCCAACUGUCAGCCCUCCUCCGCCUGCAGUUUCUCUCUUUUUGGAGCACUGUCCUGUACCCCAUACAUCCCUCGCAUUCCGUCGCCACAUUUUUGGAUGCAUAUUUCCGUCAUACGCCUUUGGACCCGGAGCUUGCUCAAAAGGUGUUCUUUCUGAUAUGUCGUCUCGGUCUAGCGCCGGCGGAGGCUGAAUCUUUGAUGGAGCGUGAGGCAGAAGACGACGAUGAAGCUUCCGAAACACGGUCGUCGAUACCGCCAGAAGCUUUGGAAUGGGCAUCGCACGAUUGGGCAGACGCAGUUUACGAUUUAGGCAUACUCAGUUUGCCAUCCUUACUCGACAUCGCCCACGUCUUUGCGGACAGCAACCCAUCCAUCCUCCGACAGGUUUUUCAAUGCAUAUGGAAAGCGCAGCCCAAGCUUUCACCCGAUUUACGACAUACCCUGAAGUUGAUUGUGCGAUCGGUGCACGAUGUACAGAAAAAGUACGGGAAGCUAGGGAAGGGCAAAGGGAAAGGCAAGAGCAGUGAAGCAGACAGCUCGUCAUCAGUGUCCUUCUCAGACGGCAAUAACGCGGAUCGGGUGAAAGUGGAAGCGGAGUUUCUGUACCGCGCCAUGUCGGAUCUCCGAGGAGCCGUGCAGUUCGGCGGGGAGGAUGUCGCGUCCAUACUGCUCGAAGGAAAGGAGAUAGUCCGCGCGAUGGCUGAUAUCUACCAAGUGGCAAACAUCUGGAUGGCGAUCGAGGCGUUAGAUGACGAUUGGGAUGCGUCACGCUCGACUGUGAACGACAUACGAGAACCCGAAACCAUCCUUCGGUCGCCCUGCAACGAUCAUCGCGCCCAAGCGCGCCGCGUCAAGGCCGCCGUGCUUCUCCUCAUCGAAACGAUCUUGCAGGUGUUCAUUGGGUCUCCGCUGAAACUUGCUAGCGAAAAGGACGCCGACAGUGAUAGUGAUUCCACCCCCGCCAUGGCGGACGUCAUCGCCAAAGCCGAAGUCCUCUGCGACACCUGCAUGGAACUCCUCGAAGCAUCCCAUUUCGAAGGACCCGUUCCGUUCUUGGAGUCGGCGCCGAUUCUAGUAGACCUGGAGGUGGAUUUCGGGCUCGGUGAAUGGAUCAAGCAGUUGCAGGAUCGGUAUCUGAAGGAUGAAGGGGACGCCCGGCUGGAUUAUUUGAUUGCGUCGCUGGAACAGUUGUUGAUGUUUAGCGGGAAUGCGGAGACCAAACGGGUGUUGGCGAACCAGCGCGCGCAGAGGAGGCAGCAGGAGGCGUUGUUGAGCGAUCUUUCGGGGACGAUGGAUACAGUCAACGCGGAUGCGGGGAGCUCUUCGACGAUUGACAUGGCGGCUAUGAACGAAGAAUACAUCAAGCGCACAUCGCUCAUAUCGCAAGUGCAGGAUCUUUUCCCAGAACUAGGCGAAGGUUUCAUAGAGGCAUGUCUACUGGCCUUUGGGGAUGACGCCGAGAUCGUCAUCAUGAAAAUUCUAGAGGGUGAUCUUCCGGAAUACGUGUCAAAGCUGGAUCGCAACAUGCAGAGAACGGCACCAGUGGCCCCACCACCCGCCACCGCAUCACCCCCCAAAACCCUCCCCGCAGCCUCCAUCGACGUCGACGUCGACUUCUUCGACUCAGCAGCCCCCUUACCUCCAUCAGACGACCAACCCAGCCUCCUCUCCAACCGCCGCAACGUGUACGACGGGGACGAGUUUGACGUGUUCGCCCGCGGGAAAGUGGAUAUGGAUAAAGUUCACUUUGGAAAAAAGAACGAUCGGGGCAACGUGUUGGAUGAUAAAUCGUUUGUGAACGAUGCGAGGGAGAAGUUGCUUGCUGUGCAGUAUGAUGAGUAUGAUGAUGAGUAUGACGACACCUACGACGACAACGACAUAAAGCUCGCAGGAACAAUCGAAGCCCCCACCCCCGACGCACCCAUCACCACCACCGCCGCACCCAUCCACGUCCCCGACGACCCGAUCGCGCCCCACGAACCGGCCCUCAUGGCCGUGUACAUGUCGACCCCGGACGUGUUUGACCGGGCGAACCGGAAGGGCGCGACGAGAGUGAGGUUGAGGGAGGAGACGGGGUUGAGUGAUCAGCAGAUUGAGGGGUGGGGGAGUAUGUUGAGGCGGAAUCCCCGAAAAGACAAACUCCUUGCAAAAUACGAAUGGCGCGGCAACCGUGCCCUGCCACAAAACGCAAACCACACCAACAACAACAACGACGACGACGAUGACGACGAGGAAGCCUCCGAUGCGGAAUCGGACGACAACGACGGCGGUGGUACGCCGGGUACGGCAUCCCCUCGUGGUGGUACUCGAGGCGGCCGCGGUGGAGGCCAGAGUCGUGGUGGGGGCGGUGGAGGGCGAGGUGGUCGUGGCGGAGGCGGGCGAGGUGGUAGUGCUGGAGGGAGUGGGAGUGAAUCUCCAGGAGGCGGAGGCGAGAGAGGAGGACGUGGGAGAGGAGGAAGAGGAGGAGGAGAGAGGGGAGGACGCGGUGGAAGAGGAGGCAAUGGCAAACCGUACCGGAAUCGGGAGAAUGUGCACAAGGCUAGGACGUGGACAAACCAGCAGGAUUAGGUGGAGGAGAGAGCUGUUUGAACCCCGGGCUUUAACGGCGUUCGUGGAUGUAUGUAGUGUAUCUAUGUAUACUGGGCCACCUCAUGGGUGACACCGUGAGGUGACGGAUAAGAUGGGAAAGCAUAUCAGGCCUUUGUCGCAGUUCUGUCCCCCUCCUUCUCAGGCGAACUUCCCUCAUGAGACCGCAAUCUUCCACUUUCGAUCAUGUUUGGCAGAGCAGGCGUAGGCUCCUGAACGCGUAUUAUAAGGAGUGUUCGAACGUUGCAACCCCUCGAAGAACAACGGGCCCAGGCGACGACUCCCACACAGCAACGCACAACCCCCAUCCCCCUUCC